AUGAUUUCUUCAAAAUUCUCAAAAAGAAUAGGAUGGAUGAAAUAAGUAAUAUGUGACUGUCUUCAAAUAAAGGAUGUGAUAAUCGAAGAUUGUUUAUCUCAUGAUAGAAAUAGACUUUUAUUAGAAGGGUUUUUAACCGGAGAAGGUUCAGAUAAGAUAUUUGCAUACUAUUAAAUUCAAGAAUAAACCCAAAACGACGAUAUAAAAGAUAAUGGUCAGCAAGAUCCUGUAUUAUUCUUAACAACAGGAGACUAAGAGAAAAUCCUUGAAAAAGCAGUCUGGUUUUUGCGUGUAUUUUCUCCUGCUGAUGACAAAAAGAAAACGCAAAAUAAUGAAGUAUCUAAUGACAACGAUAUAAUAUUCGGAGAAAUAACUCCCAAUACUAUUCCUAUGUUAAAUGCAUUAAUGGAAGGAGUAUACAAUCCCCAAGUAGAAUUCCUAAGAAGCGAAAAAACAUAAUUUUGGGGUGUUUCUGAAGAAGAAGCUAUCUCAGAAUUCUGCAAUCACUCUAAUAAAUUCGGAAAUGAAGUCCGUGAAUCUAUAAAAUUAAUGAGCCCAGGUACUGAAUUAUUUAAAUUGGACCCUGAAGAAAUGGCUAAUUUCAACUCAUCGUCUUCCGAAGCAGAAAAAAUGUAAUAUUAUGAACAAAAGUUCACUUCAUGGAUUUCUCACAUUAAUUCUCUACUAAAUGACGACUAAGUUGUCAGAAAUGAAAGCCCAGAUGCUGGCCCUUCAACUGAAUUAGAAUAUUGGAGGAAUAGAAUGUAAAAAAUAACUAAUUGGUCAGAAUAACUAAAAAGUAAAGAUUUCCAAAUUGUCAAAGUUAAUUUAUAAAGACUUAAAUAGCAUGAUAGUUAAAGACCAAGAGGCGAUGAGACUAUCUCUAAAUUGAUGAUGGAUUACAACAGAUUGGAUUUACUUUUAACUGACAAGUUAAAUGAAGCUAAAGAUAAUGUCAAGUAUUUGACGACUUUGGAAAAAUUUAUUGAACCUCUAUAUAAAGGAACUCCUUAAUAGAUUAUUGAUACUCUCCCUGCUCUUAUGAAUGCGAUUAAAAUGAUACAUACUAUUGCUCGUUUUUAUAACACUUCUGAUAAAAUGACUGGAUUAUUCAUCAAAAUUACCAACUAAAUGAUCAAAAAUUGUAAAGAUAGAAUCCUUAAGGUCAAUAACCCAGGCGAAGGUGGAAGAUUUAAUCCUUAGAAGAUUUGGGAUUAAGACCCUGCUGAAUUAAUAGAAGUUUUGGGAUCAUGUAUUAAACUUUAUAGAGAAUAUAAGACUUGCUAUAUUGAAACUAAAGAUAAAAUUGCUGAUAUGCCUAAAGGAAAGGCCUUUGAUUUUUCAGAAACUUAGAUUUUUGGGAAAUUUGAUGCUUUUACCCGUUACAAUGCUAUUUUGCAUACUUAUGCUACUGAAUUAGACGAAAUUUAAAGAAUUUUCUAAGAUUAAAAAACUAAUCCUCCUUUGGUAAGAAAUAUGCCUCCUGAGGCUGGUAAGAUUAUUUGGGUAAGACACUUAUUCUAGAAAAUAACAGGUCCUAUUAAUAUUUUUCCUGAUACUGUUAUGUCAUCUCCUGAAAUAAAAAAAUAUUAUGGUUCAUAUAAUACUUUGGGAAAAUAAUUAACUAUCUAUGAAAUGUGGUUUUACCAAGAUUGGGUUAACAAAAUCGAAUCUUCAAAAGCCGCUUUAUAAGCAACUUUAAUUGUAAGGCAUGACGAAAACAAAAAGUUAUAUGUAAAUUUUGAUUUAGAAAUCAUGCAAUUGAUUAGAGAAGCGAAAUGCUUGGACAGAUAAGGAAUAGAAAUUCCUGAAAGUGCGAGAAUCAUUCUUUUAUAAGAAGAAAAAUUCAAAACUUAUUACAAUGAAUUAUUUUAUGCUUUAAAAGAAUACGAAAGAAUCAACUCAAAAAUAAAACCUAUUUGCAAAAAUUUAUUACUUCCUCAUAUUGAGGAUUUGGAUUUGAAAUUAAGACCCGGUAUGGUUACACUUACUUGGACUUCAAUGAACAUUGAGAGUUAUUUAUAUCAUGUACACUAAGGUUUGAAUAAAUUGGAAUAAUUAAUUAUUAAUGUAAAUGAUAUUAUCGAAAAUAGAAUUGAAAAUAACCUCAAAACUGUUUCCAAAGUAGUUUUAGUGAAACUUCCUUAAGACACAAAACCCCUUUCCUUAGAUUAUUUCGUCACAAUGUAAGAAGAAUAUAUUAAUGAAUAAACUAAUUUUUUGAUUUCGAAAAACGUAGAAGUAGAAAGAGCUGUAGAUGAUCUCCUUUAGACUAUAAUGUUAUAUCCUUUAGAUCCUCAUGUAGAUCCUGUUUUACCAGAAGAAACUAAAAAAAUUAAAAGAUAUUACUUUUGGUAUUUCUAUUAGGCACUUUUGAAUUCUACUUAAAACUCUCUUAAUGCUAUGAAAUAUAGAGUAUGUGGAAAGAAAAUCCCAGGUGCUAAUACUUUACAAAACUUGAAACCUUUCUUUGAAGUCGAUGUCUAAUUGUAAGGAGAAAAAGUUACUUUGAAUCCUUCUCUUUCUGAAAUUUAAAAAAGUAUUAAUAAAGCAGCCACUGCAGUGCUUAAAUGUUCCAAAUAACUAUAUAAUUGGGACUAAUAAAGUAAGGAAUAAAACGAUAAGUAAACUUUUUAUGAUAUGAUUGCUUAAGAUAAAGAAAUUGUGAAAGUUAUCUUGCUACUUACUGGUUCUAUUUAGGGAACUAAAAACAAAGUAAAUGAAUUUUUGUCAGAAUUCACAAAAUUUGAAUGGUUGUGUAAGGAAAAUAUUCAAGAAUCAAUUAAAAAAUUCUCUAAAAAUGGGCCUACCCUUCAAAAUUAUGAAGAUUAAUUAAAAAAGUUUUCUUAAAUAGAAGAAGAUAUAGAAAAAAUAGUUCCGACUUAUAAAAUAGGAGCCAUGGAAUUGAAAACAAACAAUAUUAAAACUUCACUAAAUACAUAAGCCAAAGAAUGGAAAUUAUAAUAUUCUUAAGACUUACAUAAAAAAGCUCGUACAUAGCUCGAUUAAUUAACUGAACAAACAAAAAUGCUUUAAACUAAAUUAUCUAAAUAGGUAAAAGAUAUUGAUUCUUUAGGUUACGUAAUGGAAACCUUAGAAUAAAUAAGAAAAGAAUAAGCUGAAAUAGAAAUGAAAUUUAAUCCGGUUUAAGAAAUGUACUCUUUACUUGAUAAUUAUUUACCAGGUGGUAUUACUGAUAAAGAUGAAAUGGAUGCUCGUUCAAUGUUAAGAUCCAAUUGGGAUUUAUUGAUAAGUUAAGCUGAAAUUAAAGGAAAGGAAUAUUAAUAAAAAUAAGCUAUUUAUUUAAAAGAUUUGAAAUAAUCUAUUAAAGAAUUCAUCUAAUAAGUAGUUUAGUUCAGAAAGGAUUAUGAGAAAAAUGGACCUAUGGUUGAAGGAAUUACUCCUGCAGAAGCUAUGGAAAGAUUAAGAAGAUUUUAGGAAGAAUACAGUGUAAAGAACGAAAUUUUUAAAAUUAAUGCUAGAGGUGAAAACUUAUUCGGUUUGUAAAACUAAAAAUAUCCUGAAUUGGAAAAGACUGAUGCCGAAAUUAAAAAUUUAAAUAAACUCUAUAGCUUAUAUGAUACUGUUAUUAAAAACAUUUAAACUUUUAAAGAAAAAACUUGGUUAGAAAUCACUAAGGAAGAACUAGUUGCAAUGGAGGAAAAUAGUGUUAAAUAUGCCGAUUCAUGUAUUCGUUUACCCAAAGAUUUGAGAGAAUGGUAAGCGUAUAAAGACUUAAAGACAUAUAUUGAUAAUUUAAAAGAAUAAUUGCCCUUAAUUAUUGAUUUGAAAAAACCUUCUAUUAUGGCUAGACAUUGGGAAAAAGUAUGUGAAAUAACCCGUACUAAGUUAAAUUAUGAAAAUCCUGAAUAAUUCUAUAUUGAUGAUAUCUUGAAUGCUAAUUUAUUGUAACAUUAAGAAGAUGUCCAAGAUAUCACAGAAUCUGCUGAUAAACAAAUGAAAAUUAGAUCCAAUUUAGAUGAAAUAUAAAUUUUUUGGAACGAUGCAGUCUUCGAAUUCGGACAUUGGGCAAAAAGAGAAUAACCAUGUAUAUUAAAUGGAAUUAUUGUAGGUAAUAUUUUGGAAAGAUUAGAUGAAGAUUAAAUGACUUUGGCUACAUUGAAUGCUUAAAGACACGUAACUCCUUUCAAGAAAGAAGUAGAAGAUUAUAUUAGGUAAUUUUCGGAUGUUAAUGAUACUUUAGAUAUGUGGAUUAAAGUAUAAAAAUUGUGGACUUCUUUGGAACCCGUGUUUACUGGUGGUGAUAUUGCAAGAUAAAUGCCUUUACAAGCUAAAUAAUUUUAAGGUAUAGAUAAAAACUGGAUGAAGAUUAUGGAAAAGGCUUACGAAACUAAAAAAGUAGUAGCUUGCUGUUAAAAUGAUAUGUUGAAAGAUUUCCUUCCGGACUUGAAUAGAAAAUUGGAAGAGUAUUAAAAAAUGUUAGAAGAUUAUCUUGAAGGAAAAAGAAAGAAAUUCCCUAGAUUUUAUUUUGUAUCUAACCCUACUUUAUUAAAAAUCCUUUCCCAAGGUUCUGAACCUACUUCCAUUUAGGAGGAUUUUGAAAAGCUUUUCGAUGCGAUUACUAAGGUCACCUUUGAAAAAUCACAAGAUAAGAAAAAUGCAUCUCUUAAAUGUAUCACUGCAAUUACUUAGGUUAUGGGAUCUUCAGAGGAAACAAUUGCUUUAACUAAUUAUGCGGUUAAAUGUGAAGGAAAUAUUGAAGAUUGGCUGCUUAAAUUGGAAUCUAGUAUGUAAUAAUAAUUAAGAGACAUUACCAGAACUUCAGCUUAAUAAGUAUUCUAGACUGAAUUAAAGAAUUAUGUAAAAGCAUGGCCUUCUUAAAUUUCUUUACUUGGUUUAUAAAUUUUAUGGACUUCUAAGGUGAAUGAAGGUUUGGAAAGACUUUCUAGGAACGAAAGAAAUGCAAUGGAAGCUAAAAGAAAUGAAAUUAAAGAACACAUGACUUUGUUAUCUUCUAUGUGUUUAGAAGACAUUAAAUCAAGUGUUGAAAGAAUGAAAAUUGAAACGCUUGUAACAAUAUAGGUACAUUAAAAAGAUAUUGCCGUAGAACUAAAAUGUAAAGACAUAAACGAUUUUGAAUGGUAAAAGUAAACAAGAAUUGCAUGGAAAAACGAUGUUGAUGAUUGUGUUAUUUCCAUAACAAAUUGGGAUACUUCAUACUCAUAUGAAUUUUAGGAGCGAAAGAAAGACUUUGUGUAACUCCCCUAACAGAUAGAUGUUACAUUACAUUGGCCUAAGCUAUGUCUAUGUAUUAUGGAGGUGCUCCCGCAGGACCUGCAGGAACAGGAAAAACUGAAACAGUGA